GAGUCGCAUCCUGUCAAAUAGCUUUAGUCGUUGGGCGAGAGCGGUUAGUAGCAGCUUCUCGACGGCUACUAUAAACAACCUGGCAAUUUAAAUAUGAAAGAAUUAAUACGAUGGUUUAUUCUUUUUACUUAUUGUACGUAUACAUUGACUACUGCAAUAUGUCCUGAAGGCAAGUUAACUUUCAUCCGAAUGCCUUCAGUUAAGCUUGUCAAAGACAGCGAAGUCGAAAUGGAUAGCAUCAAGGAAGACCUUUCGUCUAGUGAGUGCCACAAAAGAUGCUACAACCAAGAGAAUUGCACUUCUUAUUUUGUUGGACAUGUCAACUCUACCUGUAUACUGAUGACUGCGUUGGCUCAUGACAUCGAACAGCAGUUAGUAGAUAAUUCAGCAUGGAGUUACCAUAGAAAAAUAUGCUUAAAAGGUAACGUCUGUCACAGACAUUGGUCUUUUGAUGUUAUUCAAGGUGUGCAACUGUAUGGAUACGACGAUAAAAUUCUUAAAAAUAUCCAAACCAAAGACAAAUGCUUAGAAUAUUGUAGUAGCGAAUCGACUUUUGUGUGUCGCUCAGCAAGAUACGAUGGAAGCAAUCGAAGCUGUGUUUUAAGUAGACACGAUAGAAGAUCAGCACCCGAGUCGUUCAGAAAAUCUUUCAAACCUGUAGAUUAUAUGGAAAAUCAAUGCGUGUCAGAACCACCAAAAUGUUUAUUUUAUCAACAGAAAGGUCGUACUUUGAUUCAUCAUCAUAUUCAUUUGGAGAAGACUGCAUCAACUAGAGAACUAUGUCAGGAUUCGUGUUUAAAUCAUACAGAUUUUAGAUGCAGAGCUUUUGAAUUUGAUGAAGAAAGAUCUUUAUGCUUACUCAGUCCCGAAGAUACUUAUUCAUUGCCCGAACCAUCUACUUCAUCUUCUACUGAAAGGAGCUUUUAUGAGAAAGGUCCAUGCAUAGAUGUUGAAAUGCAUUGUGAAGCAACAGCAAUGACCACGGUUGUCAGAAUAACAACACCUUUUCGUGGUAGAGUAUAUGCCUUAGGGCAUCCUUACGAAUGUUAUGCCGUUAGCGUCAUAGGAAACGGAGAAGUAGCCUUAACUAUGCCCUUACAUGGGAGAAGAUGUGGUACAAAGAAUCUGGGAAACGGUACGUUCAUCAACAGUGUGGUAGUUCAACACCAUCCUUUUGUGCUUCGAUCCAACGACAGGAAAAUUGAUGUCGCUUGCGAUUAUGAAGAGGUUCAACUGAAACUUAGAGGGGGAAUUAGAGGUCGGAGUUCAAAUUGUGACAGUCAGAAAACGUAA